GUUCCUUACAGUCACAGUGCUGUUUAUUCUUUCCUAGUACUCAGUUGUCAUUUUAUGAUCAUCUUCAAGUGUGUUCCAUGGGAUUUCAGCAUGAAGAAUGUCACUGAAGUAACUGUAUUUGUGCUGAAGGGCUUCACUGACAAUCCUGAACUGCAGAUCUUCUUCUUCCUCCUGUUUCUAGCACUUUACCUGUUUACUCUCAUGGGAAAUUUAGGACUGAUUGUCUUAGUCAUUGCGAAUUCCCGGCUGCACAACCCAAUGAACUAUUUUCUGGGUGUAUUGUCUUCUAUAGAUGCCUGCUAUUCCUCUGCUAUCACUCCAAAUAUGUUGGUGGACUUUCUGUCAAGGGAGAAAGCCAUUUCAUUUGGUGCAUGUGCAGCCCAGAUGUUCCUUGCUGUAACCUGUGGAACCACAGAGUGCUUUCUCUUGGCAGCCAUGGCUUAUGAUCGCUAUGUGGCCAUCUACAACCCACUUCUGUAUUCAGUGAGCAUGUCACCCAGGGUCUAUGUGUCGCUCAUGGUGGCUUCCUGUGUUGGUGGGAUUCUGCAUGCUAUAACACACACAACUGCCACUUUCAGCCUGUCCUUCUGUGGAUCCAAUGUAAUCAAACAUGUCUUCUGUGACAUCCCUCCUCUCCUUGCCAUUUCUUGUUCUGACACACACCCCAACCAGCUUCUGCUCUUCUACUUUGCUGGCUCCAUUGAGAUAUGCACUAUCCUAAUCGUCCUGAUCUCCUAUGGUUUCAUUCUGUUGGCAAUUCUGAGAAUCCGCUCUGCUGAAGGGAAGAGGAAAGUCUUUUCUACCUGUGGCUCCCACCUAACUGCAGUGUCCAUUUUUCAUGGUACUGUUCUAUUCAUGUACGUGAGACCAACAUCCAACUAUGCUUUGGACCACGACAUGACAGUGUCGAUAUUUUACUCCAUUGUUAUUCCCAUGAUGAAUCCCAUUAUCUAUAGUUUGAGGAACAAAGAUGUAAAAGAGGCAGUGAAGAGAGUUUUGGGGAAUAAUUGGUUUAUCAAUAAGGUCUGUUUUUCAUAG